AUGCCUCUUCUUGUGGUAACUGGCUAUCCAUCUUCUGGAAAAUCUACGAUAGUCAAUAGAAUAGUAGAGUAUUUGAAAGAGAGAGGAAAAUCAGUGGUUGUUGUGGAUGACGACGAGCUCAAUAUAGAUCGAUCUACCGUUUAUAGUCAAGCUCAUAAAGAAAAAGAUCAUCGAGCAAUGUUGAAAUCUCGAGUUGAGAAAAUCAUCGGCAAAAAUACUACUGUUAUAUGCGAUUCUUUGAAUUAUAUUAAAGGUUAUCGUUAUGAAUUAUUUUUAUUGGCGAAGUUAGUAAAAACUACAUACGGGGUUUUGUUUUGUAAUGCUGAGGAGAACGCUUGUUUGACAUUUGAUCAAGAGAAAGAGACACCCCGAAGUUAUGGUGAGAAAAUGGUGCAAGAAUUGUGUUUUCGAUAUGAAAAGCCUGAUAGAAAUCGUUGGGACAGUCCAUUGUUUGAAAUCAAAAUUGGAACAGUUGAGAAAGCAUUAGAUGAUGAGAUUCCUGAUGAUAUGAUGUAUGAUUUAUCUUAUCGAUCGCCACGAUUUGUUAAUAUCCCAUUAGAAGACAUUUAUCUCUCUCUCUUCGAGGGGGUUCCGCUAACAGAAAAUAAAAGUACGGUAGUUGCACCCUUAGCUCCCACCAACUUUUUACACGAUCUUGAUAGAGCAACACAGGAGGUUGUUUCUGCUAUCAUAUCUGGACAAGCUCAUACAGUUCCGGGGCAGCCAAUCGUUAUAGAUUGCGCAGAAGCUAAUUGUAACAAGAUUACAUUCAACAGAGUUAGAUCAGCUCCAGAGCUCGCUAGAUUUAGGAGGCAGUUCAUCUCUUUCUCCAAAACCAACCCAAUCUCCAAUCCAGCGAAGAUUGCUUCCUUAUUUGUUAAUUACAUCAACGUGAAUGCGUGA